AUGCCUACGGGAUCUGCUACAGGUCUGACAACACCAGUUCCUAAAGUCCCCGAGUCGCAGCCCGACGAUGCACCUCCGUCCCCCUCCUCACCCAUUGCCUCAUCUACCCCGACGCAUCCGCAGUUCUCAUCCCCAGGGCAGGAUGCAUCACCGCCACCUCGAUCAGCCCUGACAGCAUCCGGGCCUGCGCAGCCGCCUGCAACUCCGCCUUCUCGUCGGGUAGAAUCUUCGCCUUCAGGGACUCCCCCUUCCGUAUCUGGUGUUUACCCAGCUUCUCUACCUACAAAUUCUAAAGGCCCACCUCCAGAAAUCCCCCCUGUCGUGGAAGAGGCACCAACCACAGCUCCCAUGCCAACGAAAUCUGCUACAGGUCUGCCAACACCACCUUCUGAAGUCCCCGGCGGGAGUCCACCGUCUCCCCCGAUGUCAGGACGUUGGAACGACAAUCUAUUAGAACUGACCUUAACUCUGUCUGGAACUUCGCCGCAAGCGCCUUGCUCAGAGGAUAGAUUGGAAAUUGGCGACCUCUCCCCUGUUCUAGGAUCCAUGCCACGGACUCUGCCUUGGAAAGUGCUCCUUUCCUCAGCAGACAGUUCAGGUGUGGCAGUUAGUGAGAAGGACGAGCAGCCUCCUGUCCCAGAGAAUGUGCUCGAUUCCGGCGACGAUGGUAAUUCAAAAGACGACCAUCUGGCAGAGCCGCCCUCGCCUCGUCGAGAGGGCGGGCAGCAACAGCCAGGGGAUUCGUCUCCAUCAGGGGAGCCGUUUCCACCACCUGGAGGUCAGCCUACACCACCGGGAGAGGACCCCCCCCCACCAGAGCGGCCUCCCUUCCCUAAGAGAGAACCGCAUGACAAGAAAGUCUUGAAAACGCAAGAGGAAGCGGAGGCCCUCAUAGAACAGCUUAAAAUGUUCUUGACGACUGGCGAAAGUGUAGCAUCAUCGGUCGGAUCCGAUUGUACGUUGCUGGACAAAGCCGAAGGCCUCUUCAGCGAAGGAAUGCGGCUUUCUGCCCAGGCCCAAGUGGUUUUGCCUCUCCCGGGUAUAGAUAAUGGCAUCUUGAAGGAACUUCACUCUUUGACCGGUCGAUGUGACGAGGUAUGUGUAAGCUUGAAAUCGAGCUCCACACGGUGGCAACGGAAGCUGAGGGGCUUUACCGGUGUUUUUGAAUACUAUAGGGGGAAAUUAGACGAAGGCAUGCAGUCUGCGGGUCCUCCAGGCUGGAGCUUCAUGCUCGGUCUAGAAGGGCUGCUGAAGAGUGCAAAAGAGGCGCGUGCGCUGUUGAAGGCCCUGGGUUCCUUGACUGGGCCAUUCAAAAUGCCCCCCGAACUUCGGGGUAUUCAUGAAACGCUUGAGGAAACGGUAGAUGACGCUGAAAAGCACCUUUCUUUGGCAGCGGGCUCUUGUGCUAGUGCGCACCUACAGGCACUCACUGCGUGCCGGCAUGCUGCGCCUGGCGACCCAAAAGCGGAUUUCAGCCCAAACAAUCCUACUCUACUGGCAGCAGCAUCCACCUACACUCAGUUGAAAGCAACAGGUUAUCGGGGAGAUGCACUUCGAGACCUCGGAAACGCGAUCGACGAUUGUCUAGGUCUUUCCGGCAUUCUCUGA